CUCAGGUGCGGCGGGGUUCGGGCAGACCUCAGGGAGGGAGGCGAGGCCUGAGCACCGCUUCACGAACGGUUCAUGGAAGCAGAAGCGAAUUCUGGCUCGAGUGACGAUUCUCUGGUUAGCCUGACUGCCGGUGAUGUCCUCAUCCGCUCCACGAGCUUCCACAUGAAACCAACGUCAGUCCCCUCUCGGUCGGCGGGAGGCAAACCCGCCGCUCCCAUUCGAGAACGUAUCCGGAUUUCAGUGAAGAAGCUGCGGGAGGUGCCUCCUCCCUGUCACCCAGAAGAUUCUGGUUUGAUGGAUGAGGAAUAUAUCCCCCGUGCCUUACCGGCAAACAGAUCUGUGUCUCAAAAGCCAACGGCUGCAACUCCUAGGACGACAACAGAAGGUGCUGUAUGCACGCAUGCCAGCAGAAGCUCAGAGCAGCUACCCUCCGGUGAAAAAGAGGAAUGUUCAUCUGAAGCUUCAGUACCUCUUCCUUUGCAAGCUAUAGGAGAUGGGAACAAACAAAAAGCGACGGACAUUUUUAUUUCCCAGUAUGAUGCCGGACAAAAGGAGGCUGUAAGAGCUGUAUUCAAGCAGAGAAUUCAGAACGUUCCUGUAUUUAAAGAGGUCAAAGUGCAACUUCUCGAUAACGCUUGCCAGGACCAGAAAGACAGGGCCAAGUCUGCGCACGGCGAGAUGGAUACGGCGACAACCAUCGCAGCGGCGACCGCAGCGGCCAUUGCGUCUGCCGCUCCGCUUCUCAAAGUCCAGAGCGACUUGGAAGCCAAAGUGAACUCCGUCUCUGAGUUCCUGAAUAAGUUACAAGAGACGGACAGGCAGCUGCAGCGGGUCGCCGAGCAGCAAGCCGCCUCCAAGGCCCAGCCGCUGGAGGGGCCUCCCUCCCGUCACAGAGUCGACGAGGUGGAGAAGCAGAUGGCUGUCUUCAUGGAGCAGCGGCUUCAGCAUCUGGAAACGCUGCAACAGCAGCAAAUGAACAUUCAGACCCAUUUAAUCAACUCGGCGCUGAACUCGGGUGGCUUUCAAGCCGGCAACGUCCCACCUUCUCAAACGGCAGCAGCACCUGCAGUGAAUGCAGGCAGGCCCCUCGGCAACCCGAUAUCGCCUCGUCAACGGGAUUUAUUCUCUACAAAUCCAUGGAAUGCGCAAGCCUCUUCCCAGCAGUUUGGGAAUCGCGCCGGCCGGAGGCAGAAGUCCCCCCUGAAGACCCCCGCCCCACGGCGGUACGCUCCCGUGCCCGUAUCGAAAGACGCCAAAAUCUCUCACAAAAUGGCCAAGCGAGAGCAGCCGGUUGGACAAAAAGAAAACGUGCUCAGGUCGCCUGAUAAAGAGGCUCCAGGUGGAGGAAGAUUUCUGGAGCAGAUUCUGAAUGCUCAAGAAUCCCCCUUUGGCCAGAGUGAACCUUCCUGGAAGGAGCCGCCCGCCGACAGUAAGAUGCCCUGGCCGCUGGGAAGAGAGAGAUCAGUCGCCCCACAGGCCAAGCCCUUCCCUGUCCUCACCAACCCGGCUCAAGAUUUCAAUCCGAUCGAGAGAACAGCGAAGAAGGCCGACGACGUGCUCCGGGACCUCGGUCAACUGAGGAGGGAAAUGCAGGGCAUUCUGCAGCCAAAAGAACCGGUUCCCCCGAGCCUUCCUGAAGCUCAGCCACUCCCCAAGCCGUCCAUUCUUCAAACGGCCACAGCCCCCAAGUCCAUAGUGAGGGACGCUGAAAGGAUCCUGAGAGUGGUGCGCAAGAACAAGAAGGUUCUCGAAGAAAACCUGGAAGCCAUCGUUCGUGCCAGGGACGGCACCGCCUUGCACUUGUUCAUCGAUGCUUUGACUGCUAACAGGGAUGUCCUGGAGGAGAUACGGGUCAGAAAGACCGUCGACGAAUGGAUUAAAACACUCAGCUUGGAAAUCCAGGAUGAAAUGGCAAGGAAAGCCCGGGAGGAAGGCAGACCCGACGAGGAGCUCCGAAGGACCCAGCAGACGGUCAGGCCCGUGAAGGCCAGCAGGGAAACCAAACCGGAACCUCGGCAUCCCCAAGGGAACGCGGCCAAAAGGACCCUGCCUGCCGCGAGGCCCGCUCUGAAACCAGCACGUAAUGUGAUUCCGAAAAUGAGUACAGUGGUUCAGAACGAAGGGUACCUCGCUCAGAUUUACGGGAGGCCGAUCUACCAGGGCCGCAGGAGCACCCUGAAGAAAUCGCCGUACCUCAGGAUGAACUCCCCACCUCCCAAACCAAAGCCUCCAAGACCGAAAUUAAUCGAAAGCGUUAGAGGUACCAGAGUAAGAUCCGCGAGGACGCAGACGGGGCCCUGCGUGCCCAGCAAAGCCGCCAGUCCUAAAAAGCCACGCCCGCACUCCGCUCCUUGUCGGGAACACCAGUAUCUCUUCAGCCCCACCCGAGAGGCGCCUGACGCCUCAGGCCCUCUGGAAGGCCAUCUCAUUCCCAUGGCUGUGCCAUUAGGUCAGAAACAAAGCAGCAGCAUCUUGCCCGAACCUUCGGGGAUAAUCAUAGGCAAGUUCCACCCUGUCACCGUGACGACCUCCAUCCCUCCCGCUCCUCCGAAGCCACAGCCAAGUGUGCAGAAGCCGAACAUCGCAGUGGUGGAGAUGAAAUCAGAGAAGAGGGACCCACCCAAGCUUUCUGUGCAGGUGCUCCCAAACGUUGACAUCGAUAGCGUCUCAAGCGGCAGCCCAAGUGGGAGCCAAGAUCCUUCCACACCUGUUCCGACCCGAGCAGCGAAAAAGGGCACUCCAGAAGACAGUGGGCACCAGGAAGAAGAAGAAGGACUGCAGCUUCCCGGCACUGACUUCGUUGAUGUUCCUGAUGUCACUCAGGAGGAAGGGGACAGCGACGAUGGCGAGAUCCCAGAAUUCCUGGAACCGGUUCUGGAGUUGAACAGGCGAGGGGAAACGAGGUCUCUGCAAUACAACGGCCCGCCCUUUCCACCGGUCGCUUCCGCUCCUCAGACCUCUGCAGACGUUCUGGAUGAAAUCAUAGAAAGACGGGAAACCCUGGAAAACAAGCUGGUUAGUUGGGUGGAGCAAGAGGUGAUGGCCCGGGUCAUCGGCGGGAUGUACCCAGCCCAGAAGGUGGCCAUUCCCGACGUCAGCUCCUCGGAGAGUGAAGAGAGCCGGGCUGCAUCUUCGGACAUCGUGGAAGCCGCAGGCCCGGCGGGGCUUCAGCUGUUUGUCAGCGCCGGCGUGCCCGUCGACUCCGAAGCGAUCCGGCAUCUCGUGAACGAAGCCCUCGCCGAGACGGUGGCAGUCAUGCUGGGAGACAGAGAAGGCCAGAAACCGGCUUCUGCGGCAGGGGCGCCUUCCCACCUGACCCUCCUGCCCUCCAAGGACCCGGUGCUAGCGACUCCGCUGGCCACCCCGCAAGCCACCCCCCCUCCGUCGCCGCCACCACCUCUACGAGAACCAUCACCAGUGAGGACGCCAGAGCCCUCUCCCCCCACCACUGAAAUGGGCGAUGAGGUCGACAGAUGGCAGCUAACGGCGGCGACAGAACCAAAGGCAGCGGCCAUCAGCCCGGUUCGCACCCCUGCUGUUACCCCAGCGGCGACUCCGCCUGGGGUGGCGACGCCGAGCCCUCCCGUGUCCGAGCGCAUCCCUAGCAGAGAAGCGACAGAGGGACGCCAGCCUCCAAAUGCGUGGGGGGAUGCUGAGCUGCCCCUGGAGGAAGAGAAGCCCAGCCCGCAGAGCGAAGAAGGGGGCUACGACCCCAGAGCAGUCAUCAUGUCAGUGGCUAAAGACGAGGAGCCAGAGAAUUUGGUGUUGCCGCCGUCUCCGCAGCCCACGCAGCCUCCUGACCCACUUCUUCAAGAACCCCCGAUCCCGUCUUCUCCGGCACGUACUCCCAGUUCCGGCUCGUCCACAGAGGAGAGCAGUCUGACCGUCACGGAAACGGAGACUGUGGACAGACCGAUCUCCGAAGGAGAGGUCCUUUUUAGCUAUGGACAAAUGGUAGCCAUGAAAGCAUUAGCAGGGGAAGCACUCUCCCUUCCAAACCUCAGCGACAGUUUGGCCAGCACUCUUCACGACGCCCAUGAAAUGGAUUACGAUCCUCCCAGUGAAGGCCAGGUGGUGCUCAGGCCCCGUAAAGGAUACCACCGAGACCCGGUCCCGUCCCUCUUCUCAAAACUCCCCCAAGUGCCGCUCGCUUCCCAAGAAGACGUCUGUCAUUCCGAGGACACUGACUACAGUGCUGGGGAACUUAGCGAGGGCCAGAGGCCCAGGCUGACCAAAGCGGUGGAGAGUAUCCUGAGGGGACAUCCCGUUGACGUGGACCGGUCCUCUGAGCAGCGGCUUCGGCAGGCGCCAUUGCCCGGACACUUCAACAGAGCUGCAGGUGAGGCUCCGGGAGACACUGACGCUACCCGCGGGCCGAUGAGCGUGGCGGAACUAGAGCGUCCUGCUUCUUCCACCGCUCAGGAGGCAGAUAGCAGGCGGACGUCUCAGCCGGAGGAGGCAUCCCAGGUAACGUACACGAGCUUGUUCCGUAGCCCCGUAUUGAAACGUCUGUGUUUACGCUUCCAGACGGAUGCAGAUCGGACGCACGUCGAGCCCGACAGUUACCUCACGUCGUUGCUUGCAGAGCGUUAUUGGUCCUACUCUGUCUGCACCGUACAGACUCGGUGCACGUUAACAGACAUCCGGGCUGGCACGGGCUUCUAG